CAAAGAAGGAUAGAAAAUCCAGCCGGAAUUGACCAUAGAAAGGAUUACGGAAAUGACCGAUUCUGUGGUUUCCAAUCGGCACAAGGACUGUAUGCCCUGCCGACUGGUCAGCGGAUUUGGAGUGAUCGGUAUGGGAGUGUAUAUUGCGCUACAAGGGCAGAAACGACCGAACAAGCUAGGCCGGUACAGCAUGUUUGGAAUCGCAACCGUCGCUGGAAGUAUAGGCGUUGCACGCUUGCUAGACGUUUACCCUUUUGGCGAUAGAACGCACAAGUAGCUCGAGUUUACUUUCUGUUGUAAAAUAAAAAAAAUGCCUCCCACAUUACAUUGG